AUGACGCGUCUCUCUCGAGUUUGGAGCUCUUACAACAAUGCCGCAAUUCCUCCUCGUCACGAGGCGACAGGAACAACUCAACUACCCCUAUCACGUAUCAAGAAGAUUAUCGGAACCGAUCAAGACAUUAAUAUGUGCUCUAACAAUGCCGCAUUUGUCAUUACUCUAGCCACCGAAAUGUUCAUUCAAUACAUGGCCGAAUCAGGUCACAAUGUUGUCAAGUCUGAACGCAAACCUCGCCGCAACAUCCAGUACCGCGAUCUUUCCUCCGCCGUCUCCCACAUUGACAACCUCGAAUUUCUCAGCGACAUAAUCCCACGCACCGUCCCACUCAAAGUCGUAAAAGCCCGCGCCAACACAGCCAACACCCUCAUGCAACCCCCAUCCACCAACCCACCUACUUCCCACCCCGCUCCACCACCACCAAAUCCCCUCUCCGGGCCCGCAACCACCCACGCCGGCCCCUCAGGCACAAACACUUUUCCCCCACCCCUCGACACCGCUCCACCCCGCGUUUCCGUCUCCGGCCUCCUAGACUCCGCAUCUGCAUCCCCCUCCAAUCCCACUCCCCCUCCAGCCCUCAACCAAAUCCAACCUCAAACUCAAACUCAAACCCAGACCCCGACCCCGACACAACCCCAACCCCAUCCAAACACCAUCCCCAUAAUCCACACUAAUGGUUUCACUCCCGCCAACGGGUUUACCCCCGCCAAUAAACCCCGGAAACAACAACAGCAACAGCAGCGGAGAACUAGUUCCGGUACAACUACAGGAGCAAGCGCCGAAGAAGAAGAUCCCAAUGCGCAAUUGAGGAUGGAAAGUCAAGCUAAUAGUGAUGAGCAAGAAGAUGUAGAGAUGAGUUAG